AUUUUUCGGAUUUGUUUUCAGCUGUUUUUCAUUUGUUAAUCUGCAGAUUUAAAUCGAUUUAAUUUUAUUUUGUGAAAAAUUUAAAUGACAGGAAUACUUCUGUAAUGGAGAACAGGAUCAAACGGCCAAAACUGGAUCCGUCCAUGGACGAAGCGGAAUCUCCUGUCCGAGAUGGUUCUCAACAAAAUAACGAUAAUCUGAAUCAAGAAAAUGAAAAUAAUGAGAGCUUUUCUGACUCACUCGUUCUGACAACAAUUCAUCUGCUCACUGAAGAAGAUUUUAAUGAAAACACAUUAAAAGCUGUUGUAGUGGAUAAUAAUCGACUCGAAGAAAUGUGUAUCACGAAAGUUUCGCAUAAAAUUAGACGGCUGCUGCGACACUUCCAAGAUUCUGGUUCAGCUAAAAAAAUUAUCACUUUGGCGAACCAGAAAUGCAAAGAACGCCCGUGUACACAGGUUAUGAUUCUUCCACUCAACCUUCAUUGCUUCCCAAACACGCUUAAAAAAGGUCUUUUUGCCACUCGUGACAUUCUUGAAGGCGAGUUUAUCAUUGCUCCAGUCCCAGUGAAGCUUUCGUCUCCUGAAGAAUGCGGCCGAGAUGAGAUGGGAGUCCUUCGUCCAAAUAUUAUACUGUUUAAUGGGCUACAAAAUGACUUUUCGUUCUUCCAAGUUAUCGAUAUAAAAUCCAGAAAAAGAAAGAGAAAUACUCGGGAAUUUCAAUCGAGAAGAAAGAUUCGCGCCAAUGAGGCAAUGAAUGGCGUCAACAAGCCCGUCUAUCAGCCGCAUGCUUCAUAUUAUUCAGACGAUGAAGAUAUUCAAAAGAAUACCGCAUAUGAAAAGUAUGAUAUGUGCAUCGAUUUAGCUGAUUCAACUGAUGAACUGAAAGCUAUUCGACGAAACUGUGAAUCCAACUGCAUGAUUCGAUACGUGAUUCAUAAUCAAAGAAUGCAAUUAUUUAUAUCUGCUCAGAGAAAUAUCCUAAUGGGGGAAGAGCUUACACUUCCACAUGACUACGAUUCGAAUUACUCUAGCAAGGUCAUUCAAUGCGCUCAUCCUUAUCAACCACACAAUGUUUGCAUUCACGAGAAGGAACGUCAAAACACUAUCAAGAAGUUCAUAUCAAUGAAUUCCAAGUGACUGUUCUCAAAUGUAAUUUUAUAAUUUUUUAUCACUAAUUAUUCUCAUCUUUCAGACUCUGAAAGUAUCUUCUGUUCUCGGAGUCAAAUCGUAUCUAUAAUUAUCAUGUUAAUACAAUCAGUUUGUUUCAUAUAAUAAUUGUUUUUAAAAACACAGUUUUCCACAGUACAUCUUCAAUAAAAUCAUAAUAUCAUAAUAUCAUUCUAUUUAUAAUUUUGUUCAUACUCUUUUUUAUAAAGUUAAUUUCAUUGC